CGGAGACAACCUAGGAAACUCAUCUUGUUGCUUAUUAGGAGGCCAUGGCGUUUGAUUUCUUCAUAUUCUAUCCAUUUAAGAGCUUCAACUUUCAUCCUUUAGCUCCAUGGCUUCUUCUGUGGCUACUGCUAGCAGAUACGACGUGUUUCUAAGCUUCAGAGGCGAAGAUACUCGUAAUUCUUUCACGGAUCAUCUCUAUGCUGCGUUGGUGCGAGCAGGACUUCGCACUUUUAGGGACAGUAAUGAUCUGGAUAGAGGUGAACAACUGAAACCAGAAAUCAAAAGAGCAAUCAAGGAAUCUAGAGCUUCAGUAGUUGUAUUGUCUGAGAAUUAUGCAACUUCCACAUGGUGCCUUGAUGAGCUUUGGUUGAUCCUUGAGCAGAGGAGGGACUGCAAUCACUUCGUUUUACCGGUAUUUUAUCACGUCAAUCCCGCUGAUGUCCGGAAGCAAGAUAAAACUUUCAAAAUAGAAAUCGAAACCUCUUCAAAAUGGACCGACCAGAACGUGAGUCGGUGGACGGCGGCUCUUAUGGAGGUUGCUGAUUUGGCCGGCUUGGUGCUUUCCGGGCUUGAAACAAAGUUGUUGGCGGAUAUUGUUCAUACCAUUCACAAUAAACUAGAUUUCAAGCUAGUUAGUCUUCCAUCCAAUCUAACCGGGAUGGACACUCGUUUUAACGACAUCAGUUCCUGGUUAAAGCAAAUUGGUGCAGAAUUUUUAACAAUUUGUGGCAUGGGAGGAAGUGGUAAGACGACAUUGGCCAAGUACAUUUUGGAUUCAAAUUGGCAAAAAUUUGAAAAUAUCAGUUUUGUUGAAGACAUAGGUAGUAGAUGCAAAGAACCCCAUGAUUGCCUUGAGCUACAGGAGAAACUUCUCGGAGACAUUUUAGGGGGUAAGAAAAGAAAAAUACCCAGUGUUUCUCAUGGUAUGUAUAAGAUUGAGGUGGCCUUGCAAACAAAAAAGGCACUCAUUGUUCUUGAUGACAUCGUUGAACAGUACCAGUUAGUAGCUCUACUUGGGACCGGGAAGAUUAAUUCACAAAGCAAGAUUAUUAUAACAACCCGGGUUCUAAGUACAGAAGAAUGGUUUGAGUCCAGAUCUUGGAGGUGUCAAAAAUACCAAAUGAAAUUAUUGAACGAUGAUGAAUCACUUGAGCUUUUAAGUCGUCAUGCCUUUAGAUCCAAAAUUCCCAUGGAAGGUUUCGAGGAGCUUGCAUUACAGGCAGUACAUUAUUGUGAAGGAAAUCCACUGGCUCUUGAAGUGUUGGGGUCCUCUUUGUUUGUUAGUGCAGAAGACUUACGGAAGAGUAGUAGCAUCCUAUAUUGGGAACGUACUUUGAAUUUAUUGGAAAGAGAGAUUGAUUCUGGAAUUCAACGUGUACUUGUAAGGAGCUACAAUUCGUUGCCACGUGACUCUAACAAGGAGUUGUUUUUGCAUAUUGUUUGUUUCUUUAUUGGCAAAGACAUGGAUUAUGUGGUGAAGAUAUUGGAGCACGAUUACUCUGCAUCAUCUGGCAUCAGAACCCUAAAUAACAGAUGCCUUCUUUCUGUUUCACCAACCAAAAAACUGAGGGUGCAUAGGUUACUCCAAGAGAUGGGGAGAACAAUAGUUCAUCAAGAAUCACCCAAAGACCCUGCAAAACGUAGUAGAGUGUGGCGUAAUACGGAAUCUUAUAAUGUGUUGAGAACAGGAAAGGGCUCAGAAACACUGGAAGGUCUAGCACUUGACAUGCAGAUGUUAAAGGAAGAGAAGUGUGCAUUCAAGACAUCAGGCCUCAUGACGGAUUCACUUCAAAAGAUGGAUAACCUAAAAUUGCUCCAACUCAAAUAUGUGCCACUCACUGGAUCCUAUGAGAACUUUUCAGAACAUUUAAGAUGGAUUUGCUGGCCCGGAUUCCAUUUAAGAACCAUACCUUCUGACUUAUUCAUGGGAAACUUGGUCGCUUUAGAUAUGAGCUAUAGCUGCUUGGAAGUAUUUGACCCACCAAUGGUUCUUCAAUCAUUACAGAUUUUAAAUCUUAAAGACUCGCAGAGUCUAUUCGAAAUCCGCAAUAUUUACAAACUCCCUAAUCUUGAGACUUUGAUUCUUUGGAACUGCCACAGUUUGGUUCACAUUUGUGAGACCAUUGGAGGCCUUAAGAAUCUUGCUCUAUUGGACAUGACAGGGUGUGAACACGUGUGCAAGAGGGGUCAUACAGAUCUGUUAGAAGGGGUAGAAGCUUCAACUUCUGGUGGAAGAGUUAUAGAACAACCUACCUUUUCCUUGCCACAUUCAUUAUAUCGGGUUUUGCUAAAGGACUGCUAUCUUGAGUGUAGUGAUUCUUUUCCUCUGAGUUUCAGUAGUCAAUCUUUUUUGCAGUACUUGAAUUUAGGCAAUAAUCUAUUCGAAUUCCUGCCUAAUUACAAUCAUCUUAAAAGUCUUCGUGUUCUUGACUUGACUUUGUGCUCAAGACUUAUAUGGAUUCUAUGUCUGCCUAGUACACUUGCAGAAUUGUAUGUAUAUUACUGUGUCUCUCUGGAGAAAAUAACUUUCCAAUCACAUCGAUUCACAUUGCAAGAGUUUGGCUAUGAAGGUUGUAUUAGUUUGUACGAAAUUGAAGGCUUUAUCAAAUUGGUGCCACUUGUCAAACUUAACGAGGCUGAUUUAGGACAUAUGGAGUGGCUAAAAGAACAUCAGAAUCAUGAGGUGUGUCUGGUUGGUGAUGAUGAGCUCACCAUAGUCAGAAGUUGUCAACUCCAGAUGUUGUAUGAAUUCAAUAUAAUGAGCAUUUCUCUGCCAGAUAUAAAGGAUCCAAACAUUACGCCUGAGUAUAUAUCAGAAUUCCCAUCUGUGUCCUUCGAUGUGCCUAUGUGUCCCAAGGAUAAGAGGCUCAAGGGAAUAGACGUAACUUUCAAGUAUACGUUAUCAGGUGAGGAUUGGGUAUGGUUCGCUAAAAUUAGUACAAGCAAUGGUGUUGAUAUUAUGUACAACCCCAAAGUCUUCGGCAUGCCUGCAUUGGGUGAAGUUGGUAUAUGGUUAAGUUAUUGGCCAAUUGGAAACACAUUGGCCGUUGGAGAUAAAGUUAAUGUGUCUAUCGCUGUGAUGAACGGAUUGGAAAUAAGCGAAUGUGGUGCAAGCCUUGUGUACACAGAUGAUGAAAUAGCAAAUGAGACCUUGCAAAGUGAAGUGGAAUGGGUAGAAAUUCUAGGAGGAGAUUUGUCUGGAUUUCAACUAUGCACAGGAGCAUAUUAUCUUUGUAGGCGCGAUUUCUUUGAGUUAAUGGAGGUUGGCAGACUGACUCCUGGUUGGUUUAGGAUUUUAGUUGGUGAUACCAUUGACUAUGCAGAGGUACGAGGAUGGAGAAAGACAGGUAGACCUCAGGAGUCGAAUCAAUCAUUUAUGGAAUUGAAAACUAUUAGCUGCAUUAUCCAUGGUCCUGGAACGGAGCAAAGUUACAACAUUACGGAGAUGCCUAAAUCAUCUUGUGACAUUAAAACUUCGGAGUUCACAUCAAGCAUGCAUUGGGAGACGAUGAUAUCUCCUACUGCAUCUGAAUUAGGUCACUUAGCAACAAAGUCUGGGGACAUUACCACGGCUAAAGCAUCUAUUAUCGAUGAAACUCUUGAGUCCACAUCAAGGUUACUCGAGGAGACAGUGAAAUCUGAGGGUACAUCUGAAUCAGAGUCUCUGGAUAUGGACAUGGACAUGUCUAAAGCAUAUUUUGUUGAUGAUGCUAUGGAGUUCGCAUCAAGCUCAGCCAAGGAGACAAUGAAAUCUGCCACGGAAUCUGAAUCCAGUGACUCGCCAAAAAAGGAUCUGUUGGAUCAACUUCCAUCUGCAUCAUCUUCCUCGAGUACAGUGGCUUCUCCUUGGGAAAAGUAUAGCAGCUUCGACGUUUACUUGAGUUACGACCACAUAUUUACGGAUGAAAGUUUCAAAGUUCAACUCAGCCAUGAGUUACUGACAACCGGACUUCAGAUAUCCCCAUACUUCCGUUUGAUGGCUGGAGGUGGAUAUCUGCAAACAACUGAAGUGAGGUCAUCGAUUGUUGUAUUAUCAGAGAACUAUGCAAGUUCCAUUCGUUGCCUUAAUGAGCUACUCUUGAUCCUUGAGCAGAGGAAGAAUUCAAAUCAUUUUGUAUUACCCGUGUUUUAUGAUGUCGAACCCUCAGAUGUUAGGGAGCAUCAGAAAAAAUUCGCAUUACAGUGGUAUAAAAAAUCUACGGUAUGGAAGGAAAAGGUGGAUUUAUGGAAGGCAGCCCUUAAGGAGGUAGCUACUUUGCCUGGGUUUCGUGUUUCUAGGUAUGCUUUCUCUAUUCCUGCUUAUUUAAUAUUUACGAUAAAUCAUCGCAAAAGAAACCUGACCCCAAAUGUAUACUCAUAGAAU